AGUGAGAUCUCACUGGACUAAAUCACUUUACAAAAUGGCGGAUGAGGGUGCAAGUCUGAAUUUAACUGCUGCUAGUCAGGAUUUCGAUGCCAGUGAGAAGGAAGAUGAGUUUAUCGCUAAAGAUGUUCCUGAACUUGUAGCUUUGCUAUCGGACCUUAAUGACAAGCUCUCAGAUGCAAACAAAAGAACCACGUCACUUAUUGAGAAAGUAGACACCAACACAUUAUCUACUGAAAAGGGAGUUAGUUUUCUGGAAAUGAAAUUUCAUUUAUUGUUAAGUUACUUGAUAAAUUUAGUGCACUACAUGCUAUUAAAAGCUCAUGGUAAAUCCAUUGAAGGCAGUCCUACUGUUGAUCGAUUGGUGGAGCUACGUACAGUUAUGGAGAAAAUUCGCCCAAUUGAUCAGAAAUUAAAAUAUCAGAUUGAUAAACUGAUUAAAAUUGCAACUACAGGACUUGCAGGACAAGAAAAUGAUCCUUUAAGAUUCAAACCAAGACCAGAAAACCUUGUUAGCAAGCUUGAGGAGACAGAGGAAAUGGACGAGGGUGAAGCAAAGAAACCAGGAAUUUAUGUUCCUCCUAAAGUUGCUGCUAUGCAUUAUGAUGAUGAUAAAAUGUCAAGAUGCAGAAAAUCAGAAGAGACAGCCAGGAAGAAAGCUUUGAGCAGUUCACUUCUAAAAGAACUUAGAGACGAAUACUCUGAGGCUCCUGAAGAGUUGAAGGAAGGAGAAGUGUUUGAUAAAAGAAAUGAGAAAGAGAUUGAUGAGGACAAGCAUCAGCAAAGAUACGAAGAAGAGAACUUGGUCAGAUUAAUGUCAAGAAAAAGUGGAAAGAAUAUGAGGAGACAAACUCAGUCACUGGAUGACUUAACCAAGUUCACAGAUCUGAGUGUUUUGACAAAGAAUAUUGUGGGUGAUGAGUCAGAGGACAGUGAAGAUGGUGGAACACCAAGGAACACCUCCAAAAAGAAGAGAAAGUCAAGAUCAUUUGGCAAGUCAAACAGCAACAAGAAACACAAGAAAGGUUCAUUCAAGCGAAGGCAAUGAGCUUUCUGAUGGUGUUCAAGGUGGUCAACUCAGUGCCAUUCCUCCACCAGAAAAUUCCAGUCUCUAUACAACGAAAGAUCAUCAAAUUGGAACAAGUGAAUUGAAACAAACAAUAUUUAAUAUCAGCCUGUUUUUACCUCUUUA